UCUGUCUCCGUUAAACGGGCUAGGAGGAGGGACUACGAGCACUACGUGCUGGGAGAACUGUUCAAAAUUGACCACGAGAAUAGUGUACACCUGGGAAUCAAUUUAGAAAGUCGUCCGAGGAGCAGUGGUUGCGAUUUUAAUCGGUUUCAUUUAUCGUUAUGUCCGCUUCUCAGUUUUUUUAUGUCUGUUACAGUGUUGAUAAAUAUUGCUACAUUGCUCGCCAGCAAGCCAAUAUCGAGCAGACCAUAGUCGACCACCAACAUUGCGAGUUGAAUGAAGACGCGUUGCAUGGGCUGUAGCCUAUCCCGUGUAGAUAAGACAGUUGUGUAGCUAACGUUACUGUAACUAGUUAUCUGACGUGCAGAGUUUUUUUUUAGUUUGAGUUUUUAUUGGCCUGAUAUUUAUCUCAUUGGUAUUGGUGAAGAAGAGACGAGCAGAUAUCGAGGACGGUAUUGAUUGGAUAUCCAUGAGCUCCAAUUUCCAGCACUACAGUUUCAGGAUGCCUAAUAUCGGGUUUCAGAACCUUCCUCUCAACAUCUACAUUGUGGUGUUUGGAACCGCCAUCUUUGUCUUCAUUCUCAGCCUUCUCUUCUGUUGCUACUUGAUAAGGUUAAGGCACCAGGCGCACAAGGAGCUGUAUGCAUACAAACAAGUUAUACAGAAGGAAAAGGUCAAAGAGCUAAAUUUGCAUGAGAUAUGUGCGGUGUGCUUGGAGGAGUUCAAACAGAAAGACGAGCUGGGGAUUUGCCCGUGCAAACACGCCUUUCACAGGAAGUGCCUCAUUAAGUGGCUGGAGGUGAGGAAGGUGUGCCCGCUGUGCAACAUGCCCGUCCUGCAGCUUGCCCAGCAGGCGGGCAACACCAUCGACGUUACCGUCACCGUGCCCAUACAGCAGCCCCUGCCAGGCAUGGAAAACCUGGUGUAGCGCAGACUGCAGUGCACAUACACACACACCUGUACAAGUACACAUAUACCUCGAUCACACAGGCAGCGUCAUUGCAUUUUUGGUACACCAGAAGUACAUUAAUUUCCAAUGGAACGCUGUGUUUGCCUUGCAUCAUCGGACGUAUGCAUCAAAUUUCUUCGGCUUGACAGAGAUGGUAGAAGAAGGUGAAGGUUGAACUUUUGUUGCACACAUAUCCAGAUGAUGCCGCGUACCAUUUUGCGCAAUGACGCUGAAGGGAUGAUCGAGGCGUUUUAUACGUGAUUAAGAGACAGGGCAGAAACGCAACAGUGUUACGGUGCGGACAGAGACUCACGGUGACGAAGAAGUGAAUCUGCUGCAUCUCCUCUCAUCUCUCUGCCUUGGUGGAUUCCCAUAAGGAUUUUUUGUAAUAACGGUUCUUUACUGACACACUUUUAUUUUUUGGACACGGCCGUGGUCACUAUUCUGACCGUUUCACAACCAAAGCACUUUUCUGGGGACACCAGCGCGUGACGAGUAAGAGGCACGAAAACCAACAACUACAACACGUUGAAAUGAAAAUGGCGUCAUCGUUUAGUUCUUUUUAACAACUAAACCUUAGUCAUUUUUUUUUCUACAAGCACUUUAAAAAUGGAACGCUUGUGAGGAGGUUGUAGUAGCAACAAGGUUAUAUUUUAUAUUUUAUUAUUAUUUCAAUUAACUUUUUUUGUGUGUA